AUAAUAAGAACGAAUCCUAUAUUGAAUCUUCUGCUCUUUUGUCACCAUCUCGCCUCUGUUGAAUCCUACUACCUGCCCUAUCUCACAGCGCUAUAUUGUCGCUCCUCGCUCUCACUUUAUGUGGCCAAUUUCUCUCUCCAUCCCCCCCUCCGUCCCGAUGUGCCCCUCACUAUCAGUCUUACAGACCGUCAGAAGGGUCGUUCGAACCCACUCGCCACCUUGCUAGCCGACUCUUGGGUUGACGACCCUAAAUUCGGUGCCACCGGCCUGGGCUGGUUCCCUCGCUUUGUGUGUGGUCUGGCUACCGGCCAGGGGGCUAUGAGGUACCACUCGACAUGGAAAGGACGGCCUCAGUCUCGGGUUGCAAGUGUUUUGGUGAUCAUUAAAUCUCAGACGACUCGGCAACACAAUGUGGCAAACGCUUCUUCCAGCCCCGACAAGGCAGAACAGUACAGUACGGUUCACAUGGCAACUGGGGCAAGAGAUCCUCCGCCUACCUGCGGGCUAUGCGGGGCAACGGUGUGA